UGAGAUUAGAAAGUGUUGGUAUGUGCGAGUUACAAAAAUACCUUAAUUUACAAAUGCAAUUAUUGAAGACUCAAAAGACAUUAGGCUAACAAUGAAAGAACGGUGACGCCAUCCUUUUAAUUUCUUUUAAAGGCCUAGCAUUAAAGACACAUUAACCUGAAGUCUGGAACCAUUAUUUCAAAAUAAUGUACUACUCUCUAGGGCUAACUAUAAAAAGACCAGUAACGAGUAUAUUCUGUAUUGAACUAUAACUAAAGAAGGCAUAGAAAUGAAGUGUUUUAUCUUAUUUGUGGUUUGCUGCAGUGUAGCUUUAGUGAAUUGCAAACAGUACACAACAAAAUAUGAUAACAUCGAUUUGGAUAGAAUUUUAAGCAAUGAGCGAUUACUGAAAAACUAUGUAAAUUGCCUCAUGGACAAAGGGCGGUGCACGAGAGAUGCUACAGAACUUAAGCAGAUUCUACCUGAUGCUUUGGCGACCGAUUGUUCCAAAUGUAACGAAAAACAGAAGUCUGGUGCAAAGAAAGUCGCAGAAUUCUUAAUUAAGAAUAAACCAGAGUCUUGGAAGGAGCUGGUUAAGAAAUAUGACAGCGACGGAAAAUACAGGACGAGCCAUGCUGAAGAGCUUAAAAGACAUGGAAUAAUAUUUUAA